AUGCAUUGUACAAGAAAGCACCUUCUCUUUGAUAAAAGCUACUUUAUCUCAUUUAAUCAAGAUAGUAUGAAUAUUGGUGAAGUAAAAUUAUGUUUAUUAACUCAGUCUACCUAACAUACGAAGUAUUCAAUUCCCUUAACACUUUAAACAGAAAUCGAUUGGAAGGUCUCCUCAGAAAAUUUAUUAUUGGAGGCAUUUAGUAUAAAUUGGAAAAAUGAGUAGAGAUAUUUUUACGCAGACCACAAUGUUCUACUCAGAGUCAAAAAUUAUCUUGGGGGAAGAGUAAUUUUUAAAAGAAUAGAUAUUUUCUACAAAUAAAUCGGGAAAAUAGAGAAUAGAAGCUCAACUUCGGUAUGUCACUUCCCUUUAUUAGUUUAUAGAUAUACACCAUAUAAGGAUUUGAUGAUGAUAAAGUUUAUGCUUGUAAGGAAGUGAAGAAAUAAAAACAACACUCAAAUAAAGUACUAUUAUUCUUUCAAUCUUAGUUAUUUCAAAAUGAAGUUGAAACUUUGAAGUAACUAAACCAUCAAAAUAUAGUAAAGUUGAUAGAAGUCUUCGAAAGUGAAAACUCCUAUUUGAUUGUAUUGGAAUUAUUGAAGGGAGGAUCUCUCUCUCAAUGUCUGAAGUACUGCAGGCUGACCCUGAAUGAAGUAGAAAUAAUAAUAAAAGUAUUAUUCGUUUUUAAAACUAGUAAAUUCUAGAAACCCUAUGUUACCUCCACGAGAAAGGCUUCGUCCAUAGAGAUCUUAAACCGGAUAACAUACUUUUUCGCGAAUUGGGAUAAUUCUCCAAUUUAAAACUAAUCGAUUUUGGAAUUUCUUGUAAGAUUCCAGAUUUGGAGAAAGACUCUCAAAUGAGUUUUGGCACACCUGGCUACAUAGCUCCUGAAGUUUUAAAUUAUUCAAAUAACAAAAGGAUAUCAUAAAAAAUAGAUAUAUUUAGUUGUGGAGCCAUACUAUAUUAUAUGUAUUCAUAAAUAUUGAUUUAUUAGGUUAACAGGAUCAAGGUUGAUAUCUGGUGUUAACGCGUAAGAACUCUACUAAAAUAACAAGAAAUAUACCCUCAACAAUCAAAUACUUCACAAAGUCAAAGCUGAAAAUUAUAGAGAUCUAUUAUCAAAGAUGAUAAAUGAGGAUCCUGAUUAAAGAAUAGAUGCAAGACAAGCUUUAAACUGCUUCUAAUUGAUGAACAUCCCAACAAAAGCUUCCCUAUCUACUUCAUUGCAUUGUUCCCAAGAUCCCAUUCAAAAAUUACCCAACUUUAGAAAGUUGAUAACCAAAAGUUGACUAUACGACCUAAAUAUUAUUAUUAUUAACAAAC